CAUGAUCAAACAGACAGACAAGGCCAGAGUUCCCACUAUGGUCAGACAGACAGACAAGAUCAGAGUUCCCACUAUGGACAGACAGACAGACUAGGCCAGAGUUCUCACUGUGGCCAGACAGAAAGACAAGGCCUAAGUUCUCACUAUGGUCAGACAGACAGACAAGGACUGAGCUCUCAGUAUGGCCAGACAGACAGACGAGGCCAGAGUUCCCACUGUGGACAGACAGACAGACAAGGCCAGAGUUCCCACUGUGGACAGACAGACAGACAAGGUCAGAGUUCCCACUAUGGUCAGACAGAUAGACAAAGCCAGAGUUAUCACUAUGAUCAGAGAGAAACUGGGGAAACCCAAAUACAAGGGCAAAAAAGGUAUUUCCAAGGGAGUGAGGGAACAAGAAGAGACUCAUAUGUUGAGCAAUCAGGAAGGUCAGGGACACAAAAUCAACAGGCUCAAGGAUUCCAGAAUAGUCACCAGGUAUGGGAGGGGCAGCCUGAGGAGGAUACUCAACACAACCAAUACAAACUCUUGGCACAAAUCCAGCAAGGAAGGUCACUCUGCCACAAAGGAAGAGACCAGCAAUCAUGUGACAGGGAACAGAGCCACAAACAGGCCCAGAACCAGCAGAGCUAUAGUGAGGGGGCAAGCCACCAGACAGAGGAGAGGCAUCAAAGCUGGGGUAGACAGAGCCAUGAGGGUCAGGAAAGUCAGGCACAGAAUAGGCAAACCCAUGAAGAGGAACAAAGCUGUCACAGGCAGGACAGGCAAACCCCUGAACAUGAGCAGAACCAUCAGAGACAGGACAGGCAAACCCAUGAACGUGAGCAGAACCGUCAGAGACAGGACAGGCAAACCCAUGAACGUGAGCAGAACCGUCAGAGACAGGACAGACAAAGUCAUGAACAUGAGCAGAACCAUCAGAGACAGGACAGGGAAACCCCUGAAU